GAUUUAUCUUAUCUCUCUGUUACAAUAGGAGUUAAAAUGGUGUCGUUAUGACUUCUUAAGUUUUUUUUCGUGUCGGCCUCAUAACAAAAAAAGCACUCGUUUUUAUCAAUUCUUUCGAAGGGUAUUACGGUUUUUGAACGGAAAUGCAAUGCAGAUAACGUUAAGCUGAAAUAUUUGUAUUGAUAAUAAAUAUGGUCAUCAAAUUCUGAAAGCGCAGUCGAGUGAGUACCGUGAUUACCAAUUUUUGCACAAUCCGUGUCAGUACUUUUUGAAGUAACCAUGAAAAGUGUGCAUCUUGUGAAAAUCUUGUGCGCUUUAGUUCUUCAUGUGGAACUUUCGAUGGAAGUGUCCGUACUAAAUGCUAGAGCUGGUGAAGGCACGAUAUUCGAAGGACCAGAUUGUUAUAUGAUAGAAGGAGUAGCCAUUAAUGUAAACAAUUCGAUUUGUAUUUUCUCCGUAAGCAAUAAUCAAGGACACUUAGGUUCUAUCAAUUUUACAAUAAAAGGAAAUUCUAACGAAUCUGACAUCUUCGAAUUUCAAUAUAAAGAACCACCGUCUGAAACCGAUUUAGCUAAAAUUAUAUACUUGGUACUGAAAGAGGGCCAUGUUCUAGACUACGAUACCACGAAUUCAUACAAGUUCGAUGUAGAAGUCAAAGGUGCUGUCCUCAAAGUACCAGUAACCGUCAAGGUAUACAAAGCGCCCAAAUUUACCAGCAUUCCAGCCUUCGUAGAUACAUACGAAGAACAAGCAAUUAGUUUCAAAAUUGCGACCGAACUGGGCAGUGGAUAUCCCAAAGACGACGAUGUGGCUGUCGUCAUUGUAAGUACCGUCUCUCCAACCAUAAACCGGAUAAACAGAAACACCCUAAACGUCACUCUUCCACCAAUCGACAGAGAAACACAAGACAAUUUCUAUAUGGACGUAAUAGCGUCAUACCGAGGUUCGAUGUACGGAGAAACUAGAAGACAAGUUCCUGUAAUGAUUUAUGACAUCGAUGACAAUAUUCCAAAAAUCAAGUACGACCAUGAAGACACUCUGGACUUUUCCAUAUCCCAAAAUGGUUCCAGUGUGCUGGUUACAGAUUUUAGCGUUUCAGACCCAGAUGAGGGUGUAAAUGCCGCCUACAAGCUUACUUUGAUUGUUCCUGCCAAUGUCCAACCCGGUUUUGAGUUAUCGUCUUUAAGUGGAUCUGGAGAUACGAGUUUUAAUAUCACUUUAAACCCGCAAAAACUGGAUUAUAGCAAGUCGGUGUGGGGGCGUUUUCAACUCCAGGUACACGUGGAGGGAAUCUUGAACGCAACUCAAAGAAAUAAUUUGUUCAUAAUUAUAUCUUUAAACGAAGAAACUGAUUCUGGAAGCGGGUGUGUGCGUACUAGUGAAGUUACACUAUUUUUGCUACUGAUCCAGUGUUGGUGGUACUUUAUGUAGUUUAGGCUGUCAGAUUUUAUUACAUUCCAUUAAAGUCGAUACAACAAUCCCCAGCCCGUCCUUCCAACAACAAACCACAAGAACCACCUACAUCCGAGCACACCCGUGCAUACUUCGAAAGGUCAAAUAGUGGGGGUACCAUAAUGGUACUACCUGUUACCUGCCUUAUCCUAAGGUUAAAUUCCUCGGCGGAA